AUGACUACCACGCGUGGUAAAAUAGUGGUGAAAGUAGCGGAUUACUUUGAAAAAAAAUUAGACCAAGAUGCAAUAUCUCAAAUCCACAAUUUUAGCAAAUUUGUCUUUGAAGAAAUGAUUACUUGUGCUAAUUCCUCUAUUUUUCAAUUUGAUGCCUUAAAUGGGUUAAAAAAAUAUUUGUUAGUUCCGAUUUUGAGAAGCGAUAGCAGGUAUGACCUUGAUUUUGAAGUGCUCAAUUUAUUUUGCAAGGAGGAACAUAAACUAUAUGUAACACCAGCUAGCCAUGAUUAUAUCAUACAGUAUGAAAAUGCAAUGGUUGCUAGAAACUAUCGUGGCCUUGAUACAUUAGAAUGGUUUUUUGUGUCAAACGUUUGUUCGGAUAUGUCGCCCUCCUCAAAAUUUACUAAUCCAGAUGUUGCGUCGACUUAUAGCGAAUAUUACAAGAUCAAAUAUGAUAUAGAUAUACAAGAUGCCAAUCAACCUCUAUUAGAGGUGGCUAGAUUUAAGAAGAUGCACAUCACCUUGCUUAAUGCAAAGCAAUCCGGUAGUAUCACUCAUGAUAUACGUACAUUGUCUGUUAAUUCAAAUAGCAACUCUAUAGUUCUUAUUCCAGAGCUUUGUUUGAUACACGUUAUUCCAGCUGAGUUGUGGUUUCUCUCUCAAUAUUUGGCCUUGGUUUUGUAUCGUGUCGAGUCAAUACUACUUGCAUUCGAGCUGAGAGAAUUGCUUAGAUCACAGGCUAAUAUUUGCGAUAUUUAUUCUGUUGAUUACUUAAUAACUGCAGUAGGUUCUGCGAAGCCAUGCUUAUUAGAAGCGAUAACACUUUCUUCUGCCCAGGAUCAUUUUAAUCUUGAAAGAUUGGAAUUCUUAGGCGAUAGAUACCUAAAUUAUAAGAUAACUUUGACGACCUUACUUGAGCAUCCAUCAUGGUCAAUAAAUGAAGUAAUCAAUAGAAUGAGAUUUCUAACGAAGAACAAAAAAUUGUUUCGGCUAGGUGCUGGGAGACGUAUUCCUUACUACAUUGUAGGGUGUCCUUUCAACCAAAAUAAAUCCUGGGUGCCGCCAGGUUUUGUAAUAAAUCAAACGGUAUCUGAGUUGUCUAUUGCAAUGUCGAGGGAAUACACACAUCAACCUUUGACGAAAAAAGCUAUCGCAGACUGUGUUGAAGGAUUAAUUGGCUAUCUUUGCUUAGUUUGUGGUAGAAAUUCAGUGCUUAGAUUCAUGCGCUGGCUAGGCUUUGAAAUCUCAGAGUGUCUUGAUGGAAUUCAAGAAUUAAUACCUUCCAUCGAUUUUCGAACUAAUCUUUAUUCUGAGACUGCAAAUAGUGUCGAAACGAUCCUAAACUAUUCCUUUCGUAAUCGGUCAUUGUUGAUGCUGGCACUUACCCACAAGUCUUAUUCCGGGCUGGAGAGUAUAUCUUAUGAAAAGUUAGCAUUCCUUGGUGAUACCCUGCUAAUAUAUCAAAUAUGCCUUUUCUUAUAUACUCAAUACACUGACUAUCAACCUAAAGAUUAUCACCUUUUGUUGGAGUACCUAACGUGUAAUCGAAUGUACGGUAUUGUGGCUAUUGCAUCUGAUUUAUGCAAGUUCUUGCUUCAUAAAUCAAGAGAAUUGACUUUGCAAAUUGACGAAAUUUACCAAGCUUUAGAAGCGGAUGAUGUACAGUCGUUUUCCUCAACGGUUCAGUCAGGCUGUUCAUAUAAAAUGAAAACAACUCUAUUACUAGAAAAGUUAUCAAUUGAGCAAUUCGUCCCGAAAGAGCUCGGAGAUACAUUCGCAGCGGUUGUAGCUGCAGUAUUUUUGGAUAAUUAUCCUGAUGAGGACACGGCUGGGCGUAUUAUUAAUUCGCUAUUAAAUCCAAUUUUCGAUGUGAAAUAUACGUGUGAAGAUAACCUUCCCGUAUCUCUAACACAGCAGAUGUAUGAAUCGCUUCCGAAUCGAGUUCGUACCUUCUUUGUUGAUAAUAAAUCCGGAAGUUAUUCAAUUUGCAAUGUUAGCGUCGUUCUGAAAAACUCAACGGAGAAGACGUUUGCAGGAAAGGGAAAGGAUCAUGAACACGCGAAAACCCUUGCGAUGGCUGCAUUAACGAGAUAUAUAGAUGAAAACCCUAACCAAUUUCAGUGA